CCUCAGACCACACUCGUUCACAGCAUCUGUCGUCGCCCUUGAAACAGACAGGCCAUGGCAUUGCAAGACGCGCUGAGAGUCACAAUUCAGUAAGACGGACAGUCAUCUCCGAGAGGCCCAUCAGUUUGGUGGCAGACGCGAGCAGGAGGCAGUGAGGCGAGGAGCGAAGCGGUGGGGCAGAUGCGGUGGGCGCUGUGGCGACCAAAUUGGGACUGGUUCCUGCGCAGCGACUGCCACCGUUCACCUUCCGCACGCCUCCGCACGCGUUGACCGCUGCGUUCUACACUUGCCUUCACAUUUACGAUUCGAAAUGAGUACAUAUGCCGAAAACCCCUUUGCGUCCACGCACUCGCUCGAUGCAAACCCGUUCGAUGACCCCACCGAGCGCACCUCACCGGCACCCAGCUAUCCAAGUCCUAACCAUGCGGCUCGUCUUGCGGAAAUCAACCAAAGAGAACGCGACUUGGAGAGGAGAGAGCAGGAGCUGACUCAGAAAGCCGAGCACAUCAGGAGAUUUGGGAGGAAUAACUGGCCAAAGUUCUACCCUGUCAUCUUCCACUCGAUCAAGGAUGAAAUCCCGGAAGAGCACAGGCUAUUGAUCAAUAGGCUCUACCAGCUCUGGUUUGUCCUCUUCGGGACGCUAAUCAUCAACAUGAUUGCGUGCAUCUUUAUCCUUACGUCUGGGUCAAGUGGUGGUGGAAGCGACCUGGGCUCAAGUAUAGGUUACCUGUUCGUUAUUACGCCUCUGUCGUUCCUCAUGUGGUACAGGCCAAUCUACAAUGGAUACAUGAAGGAGCAAGCACUAUACUACUACUUCUACUUCGUAUUCUGUGGUUUCCACCUUGUGUUCUCAUUGUACAUGAUCAUCGGGAUACCAGGCACCGGGUCUGCGGGCCUCAUCCAGACGAUCCAGAUGUACGCCAAGCCCUCCUUCGUCGCAGCCAUUUUGGGCACCAUUGCAACAGUAGGCUGGGUCAUUCAGGGUGUAGGUAACGCCUAUUAUUAUCGCCAGAUUUGGACACAUCACAAGAGCGCGGGCCACUCAGUGGAGAAGGCGAAGACCGAGCUCGCCACUCAUGGCGCGAAGGCGUACUUCACGAGGGGUUGAGACAAAUCUCGGUGCUUGCGAUUCGGCUAGCGUUGGGACGCUUCGGACACCUAUGUAGCUCUUCUGCUAAGUUAUGACAAUGAUUUCUGCCUUUCUUGCCAAUGUUUUACGUGCGAUUGGUCAAUGAAAUGCGUGUAACAAAUGUGGAGGAGAA